AUGUCAUCUGAAGAUAUUCCAGAACUCGUAGCAAUUGAAGAUGGUGAUAUUGGCUCUUUAGAGAAAGUACCUGUCACAGUUGUUACAGGAUUCUUGGGUUCAGGUAAAACAACGCUAAUAAAUUACAUUCUAACGGCUUCCCAUGGUAAACGAAUUGCCGUUAUUCUGAACGACUUUGGGGAAGGAUCAGCAGUUGAAUCGACCACUUCAUUAAGAGAAAAUGCGUCUGGCUUAUUUGAAGAAUGGAUGGAAUUGAGAAACGGAUGUUUGUGUUGCUCCCUUAAAGACCCUGGUGUUAAAGCUAUUGAGAGUUUAAUGAAAAAACGUGGAAAAUUUGAUUACAUUUUAUUGGAAACCACUGGCCUUGCUGACCCUGGUCCGAUUGCCUCUCUAUUUUGGUUGGAUGAAAAUUUAUGCAGUCAAUUAGCUCUGGAUGGUAUUGUAACUCUUCUUGAUUCAAAGUACUGCCUCAAAACCUUAUCAGAACACAAUGAAACUGAAACUGUCAACGCCUGUGAACGUCAAAUUGCACUUGCAGAUGCCUUGAUUUUGAAUAAAUCUGAUCUCGUUUCGGAGGAGGAAAUGAAUGAACUGGAGGAUCAAAUUAAAACGAUAAAUUCCACGGCUACAACCAUACGAACCUCCUAUUCGAAGAUUGACCUUUCAAACAUCUUGGAUCUGAAUAUGUAUUCCUCGGAUACUGUCUUCGAAGAUUUGAAGGCUUCUUUCAUACCCUCUAAACCUCAUCUUAACAAUACAAUAACCACAGUAACUGUAGAUGAAGAUUUCCAGAUCGAUCGUGCUAAAUUCGAAGAUUUUCUCGAAAGGAUUCUAUGGCAAAAGAGAGUUUGCAAUAAAUUGAACAGUGCUAUGGAAAUUCUCCGACUAAAGGGAAUAAUUCAUUUCCUUAGGGAUGAAACUCCUAGCUCAAUUCAGUGCGUUAAUGAACUAUAUGAUAUCUUUUCUAUCCCUCCAUCAAAUUCUGAAAAACUUGGGGCAGUAGGUGUUCGUCUCAUUUUCAUUGGUCGAAAUUUGGAUCGAGACGUGCUGCUUGAAAAUAUUAACUUGUGUAUCUAA